AUGCAAGCUUUCAAGAAUACAAGUGCAGAAAAGCCAGAACCAUUCUAUAGGCUUUCUAUGCCAAAGCAGAAGACCAGUUCUGAGAUUAUAAACGAAGCAAGAAAUGUCUUACGAACACUAAGAACUCAGAGACCGUUUACACCUACAGAGGAUCAAAGGAAACUUUUUGGAUCUGGAUCCUCACGAACUCCUGAAAAUAGACCCCCUUCAGUUUUCAGUCUUCAUGCUUCCAGUUUUGAUUUGGCUGAAUCAAGACCAGUUUCUGGCAUUCGUCUUAGCCCACUGGAUCAUAAGCCAAAACUAAUCACUUCUGCAAAAGAUGAAGAUUCUUCCAUUUCCCUUCCAAAACCUCCUGUGGAUCCAGAGGAGGUUAGAAGAGUCAGCAAUGCUCGAGCAGACUUAUUUCGAAGAACUUCUCAGGAAAAUUCCCUUCUUGGUAAAAUAUUUCCCUCUGAUCAGAAUGAGGAAAAGAUGAAUUCUGAAGAGCCAGUUAUGGUGAAUAAUCUUUGCAGAAGUAAUGAAAACCCCUUAGCAGAACAAAGGGUGCACAAACCAUUUAACAGUGGAAAGAGUCAAUUAAUUUAUAAUGAGCACAUCAGCAAAUCAAAGAGGGAAGACAUCCUGAAAGGGACAGCAGGAAAUUUUUUAUUUCAACUGAGAGGCGAAAGAAAUGUCAGCAGUGAUGGCAGAUUUGCUGAUAAAGAGCAACACUUUCCCUGUGACCAAAUGAAAAAGCUGGACAUGAGUUCAUCACAUACAAGGAAUAUGAGUGGGAAAAGAAGACUAACAGGCUUAGAAGAGGAAACAAGAGUAAAUGAAUCAGAAGAGGAGGAAAACUUUUGGCAGAUAAAGAUCCUACCAAUUCUGCGUGAAAUGGAGAAUGAAGAGAAUAUAGAAAAUCUUUGUCUGGCUUGCACCAAACUCCAUCAAGCCUUGCAUGAAGGAAAUAUGUUUGGGAAGAGAUUUAAAAGAAAAAGUGUGCUCCUGAAGACAUUAUAUAAACUUGUAGACAUUGAUUCAGACCCACUUUGUCUAAAGCUGGCAAAGAUUAUUCUGUCUAUGAAAGUGAAUGGAAAAAACCUUCUCAGCGUCUGCAAGCUUGCAUUUAAAAUUUGUAGAAAUGAAAAAAAUGAUUACAUUAUCCAAAAUGAUAGAUUACUGGAUUGUUUAUUGGAGGUCCUGAGAACUGAAGAUCUCCAAAAAAACAACGAAGCUCUCCUGUAUUGCAUGGGAGCUGUAAAAUUCAUGUCUGGAAAUGCAGUACUCCUUAAUGAAAUGGUCAACAAACAAGCUGUUGAAACAUUGCUGCAAUUAAUGAAGCAGAUUAAUAAUAUAAAAGAAAAUGACACAUAUUUCUCCAACCUGGGCCACCUUUUGGUCCAGAUGACAGCGACUUUGCGAAAUUUGGCUGAUUUACCCGAGGCGAGAUGCCAGCUCGUCAGCAACGGUGCCAUCCCUGAGCUCUGUGUGGCGCUACAGCAGCGCGUGAACGAUGCAGAUGUGUGCACCUAUAUUGCCCGGAUACUCAGCAAACUUUCUUCCUACGAUGACUUCUGUGCAGCUUUGGCAGACUGCUCCAGAUGUUACGUCUUAUUUUUAGCCCUACUAAACAAGCACCAUAAGAAGCAGGAUUUGGUUGUCCGCAUUGUCUUCAUUCUUGGGAAUUUAACAGCAAAUAAUAACCAGGCCCGCGAGCAAUUUUUUAAAGAAAAAGGAAGUGUUAACACACUGAUAUCAUUAUUCCAAACCUACCAUCAAAUUGAUCUGAAUGCAGAAAAAAGGAACUGUGAAAAAGGAGAAGAAAAGAAAAACCCAAAGUAUCCUUCAGAAGCUGAAGAUGUUCUUAUGAAGCUGAUCAGAGUGUUGGCCAACCUCUCCAAUCAUCCCAGUGUAGGAGCAGCCUUGGCAGCUGCUCAUCCUGUUGCAGAAUUACUUAUCACGGUACUAGAGUACAAGUCAAUUGAUGACUGUGAGGAGCUGGUUAUCAAUGCUGCAGCAGCGAUCAACAAUUUAUCCUACUACAAAGUGAGGAGUUCUGCAAUUGAAGACAAGAAGCUACAUAUUGCAGAGAUGCUUUUAAAGCUGUUAAUGAGCAACAGUAUGGAUGGAGUUGUGGAGGCUGUAAGAGUCUUUGGCAAUCUUUCCCAGUAUCAUGAGAUAUGUGACUUCAUCAUACAGAAAAAGAUUUACAAGUUCAUGAUUGCUUUACUUGAUGCCAAGAAUCAAGAUGUCUGCUAUUCUGCUUGUGGAGUUCUGCUCAAUCUCACUGUAGAUAAAAACAGAAGAGCUCUGCUGAAGGAAGAAGGAGGAAUUGGGAAGUUAAUUGAUUGUUUACAAGAUUUUGGGCCAGCAGACUGGCAGCUGGCAUGUCUGAUAUGUAAAACCCUGUGGAACUACAGUGAGAACAUCACAAGUACUGCCUCGUGCUUUGGAGAAGAUGCUGACACACUUCUAGUGCUGCUCACAUCACUCUUAGAUGAGGAGCUAUCAGUGGAUUACAGCCUCGACAGAGACAUAAGAGACUACCACAAAAUAUAUUGGGAAACAGAAUUCAAACCUGUGGCCGAAAAGCUUCUUGAUAGAAUUCAAAGCCAUUGCUCCUCCCAGCUAUGACUAUUACUCCAUUUUAAUUAGAGGUUGGCUAAGGAGUAUUUAAAAUAGCUGAAGUAUUUGUAGGCAAUGACCUAGUAAUAGACACAAAUAAUAUAUAAUAACAUAUU